AUGCCUUCCCUGGGCACCCUCUCCAAUAAUAUCUCCCAAUUCAUAUCCCAGAAUACUGUAGGGCUCAGAUAUCAUCCAAACGGCAACUUGAUACUCGCAUCACUACGCAAGAAAUGUCCCGAUAACAUCAAGGAACGCAUUCUUAAAGCACAGCAGCUGCAGUUUUUUGUUUUGCAAGAGCUAGGCCCAAUGGCAUUUGUUCUUAGCGAUAAUGGAUCUAGUAAACGGCCAGCAGCCCAGCUUGUUCUGCCAGACGCGAUAGAUAAUGAUGGUGUUCAUACUACAGACAGCGGUUUGCAAACCGAUAUUUCAUGUCCAAUAAAAACUGAAAAUGCCUUGUCUCUGCAAGUACCAGACUCGUCAGUUACUUUUAAAAAGUUCAAGGUUGCUUUGGGAUUUUCUCAAAAAUGUUCGUGCAGUCAGCAUAUGCUAGGAAACGACCUUUGUGUGCAUAUUCUGUGGGUGAUGCUUAAAAUAUUUCACAUUGACCCAGACUGUGACAUGAUUUAUCAAACGUCACUGACUGAGCGUGAAAUCAGCGAAAUGCUUCAAAAUCGAAAGAAUUUCAUUUCAUUGCGUCAGACAUCAAUUAAAACCAUAAAGGAUAAAAAGAUGGCUUGCUCAGAUGGAGCAAGCGAGGCUUUUUCAAACCUAUCUUUAAAGCCCAAGGAAUUGGAGCCACGACCUAUUGAGCCUCAUGAUGUAUGUGCCAUUUGUCAGGAAGAAUUACUCAGUCCAGCAACCCCACUAGCACAUUGUAGAUUUUCGUGCGGAAAUAGCAUUCAUGUCAAAUGCAUGAAAAUACUAAUGGAUCAUCAAACAAAGGCACUUGGUAUGGAGAAAAUGGAAUGUCCGGUAAGAGCGUGGGCUUGA